UGUACUAUCUAUAAACGACUUUACUGAUCUGAGUCAUCAGAGAGUAUAAAUAGGAUUCAGUCAUUGGUGGCAUGUUCAUUUCAAAUUUCGGGAGCGGCUGUCGCACUCCUGAGCUGCAGAACGAAGAAGUUCCGAUUUCCAGAACAAACAAGAUUACUCAAUAGUUGACGAAGCAUGAAUAAGAUUGAAAAAAAAACUAUUGAGGAUUGGGAAGGCGCUGAACGUCCCAACUACUUCAGCAAUGAAAACUUGAAGUACCCAUAUUCAGAACUGCCGUUCUACGAUCAAUACCACUUGGUGAAGAUACCAACUAAAGACGAGUUCGUGGAGCACGUGGACUACUGGGGAGAGGGUAGGAUCCCUACUAAUGAUGGAGACAGCGGUUUCCGCGACUGUUACAACGUCAACCGCCAGUACCAGUGCGUCAGUAACGGCCCCGACAAAUACUGUAAGAUUCCCAACAGAAUACCAGUGUACAAUGAGGACACGUGCGACACCUCCAGCUACAUCAAAAACCACACAGUCAAGUUAGUCACUCUGAUGUCGGCGCCCAUCAUCGAAGCCUGCGCUCGAGAUAUAGCUCGCAUCGUGAACCCUGAAGUCGGCAGCGUUGUAGUCUUCGGAUUUGAAAUUGAUUCCCCAGACAUUCGAAGGCUAGUUAAAGAGUUGAGCGCAAUAUCUAUGUACUACUGUCCGGGAUAUGUAUUGUCAGACUAUUUUGAAGGCUUGAUGACAUUUUCACAUAUGGCAUUCUUAAGUGCCGGUAAUAUAGAGAAAGAACUGUAUAACGCAAUUAGCUCUUGGAAUAUGGACACUGCGGUAGCAAUUACAAAAUCUUUGCACAGAACCGGUGGCAGUUCUAGCAUAGCUAACGUAGUUAAUAAGGUGCUCGAUGAAGGCAUGCAAAGUACAAUGACAUUCGCUUACAAACUUUGGCACUCUGGCGAGAAAGACAUUAUAACGGACAAUUUCCCUAUUGCUUUUAAGUUGAUCUUAAAUGAAGAUGAAAUUAAGAUCGCGAGUAAUUAUUACAAAAAUACGAUGUUAAAAUUGGAUUCAAAUACUGACGAGUGGCAUAACAGGCUAGCGUGGGGUGAUAACAGCGGCAGUAGCGGUACAAGAAUCAGUUGGACAAUGUUCCCAAUUUGGAAAGACGAUAAAGUAAUAUUUAGAAUGAAAAACAUUCAGUACGAUAUGUGCCUGAGACUCGACAUUCAUGAUAACUCCGCAGGAGAUAGGAAAGGCUGGGGCUCACAAAACUUGGACGACGUCAGGUACAACUGGAAGCUGGAACCAAUAAAUCAUGGCCACAAGACAGUGUUCUAUAUAGUGAAUUGUGAAUUUGAUCAGGCUCUGAAACUGGAUGAUAACGUAGACAAGGACGGGGAUCGGCAGCUGUGGGGCCAUAACGGGAUGUAUUACGAUCCUGAAAAAUUUGGGUGGAUUGUGCAGUCUAAUUAAGUAUAGAGAUAUAAUUAUGCAAGAAUACAUUAAAUAUCUUCCGCAUUCAUGAAUUCGUUUUUGAACAUUAUUUAUUUGUAUUUUAGAGAGUAAAUCUAUGUGAAAUAAGGUUAAAACCGAGAUGUUAAAGUGACAAAGGAACGACACAAUGUUAACAUUAACAGAUAUAAACCUUAACUACUAACAAAAGUGGUGUCUUCAAUAAAGACGUUACAAUUUA